UGCUGCUGGUCAUGCUCUCUAUCUCUAGAACGUCUAACAGUCAGGACUCCAAGCUGAAGAAGGUGCUGGAUUGGUCAAAGUGCAGGGCUCCGAGGCAUUGAGCGAUGACGUCGGUACUUUCAAACAACCAAGUUUCGCAACCGUCACACGCUCGCUCCCAAACAAAGCAGACUGAGCUUCUGCAACAUUCACAAGCACAUCAGCAAUGGCCUCAAUAUUACGACAAAUCGUAGCAGGCCCUCGCGCCCAACAUCCAGAAGCCGGCCUGGAUCUCUGCUACGUGACAGACAACAUCAUCGCAACUUCCGGCCCCAGCGGCACUUACCCUCAACUCGCCUACCGUAACCCCCUAUCCCAACUCGUCGCCUUCCUUGACAAGAAACAUGGUGAAAACUGGGCCAUCUGGGAGUUCCGCGCCGAGGGGACCGGAUACCCUGACUCUGAAGUCUACGGUCGCGUCAAGCAUUACCCUUGGCCUGAUCACCAUCCCCCGCCAUUCGCCUUGAUUCCGUUGAUCAUGGCUAGUAUGCGCAACUGGCUGAAGGAAGAUAAAGAGAGGGUCGCAGUGGUACAUUGUAAAGCUGGCAAGGGACGCAGUGGCUCCAUGAGCUGCAGCUACUUGAUCUCGGAAGAGGGCUGGAAGGCAGAAGACGCCAUUCGCAGAUUUACCGAGCGCAGAAUGCGUCCUGGCUUUGGUGCUGGCGUCAGUAUUCCUAGCCAAUUGCGCUGGAUCAGCUAUGUGGAUCGCUGGACACAACACAAAAAGACCUAUGUCGAGCGUGAGAUCCAAGUCAUGGAGGUACAUGUUUGGGGCUUGAGAGAUGGUGUCAAAGUCAGCGUUGAAGGUUUCGUUGACGAAGGCCGUGUCAUCAAAAACUUCCACACCUUCUCCAAGAAGGAGCGCGAGAUCGUCCGCGGCGAAAUCAAGAAGUCUGGCGGCUUUGCCGACGCCGUCACCGCAGUCAUGGGCAUGAACAAUGCCGAGAAGAAUUUACAACUAAAGGAAGCGGAGAAGCUCGAAAAGGAAGAGAAGGCAAAGGCUACAACAGACACCGUCACCAAGGACAAGUUGCACAAUGCCACCGGCGACGUCGUCUUCCGCCCCUCCCACGACCUCAUCCUCCCCACCAGCGACGUUAACAUCGACUUUGAGCGAAGGAAUAAGGCAGGCUACGGCAUGAGCAUGGUAACAGCCGUUGCCCACGUCUGGUUCAACUGUUUCUUCGAAGGCCAAGGCCCCGAAAACGCCUCCAAAAACCUCCCACCCGCCAACUCCGGCGUCUUCGAGAUCGACUGGGAAGCCAUGGACGGCAUCAAGGGUAGUCUCAAAAAGGGCACAAAGGGCUUCGACAAACUCGCCGUGGUCUGGAAAACGGUGGAGCAACCCGAACGAGGCAGAAGAACAAGUGUAGUCAUCAACGAACCACCACCAGGCACCGACGUCCCUGAAACCGGAGCAGCAGAUUGGCGAGGCCAUCAAUACAACAACCCCUCACCAGGCCAAGGCAGAAACCUAGGCUUGCGAAGUGAAACUCCCGCCAGCAGAGAUGUCAGUCAAGCAAGCAGUACAAGAGAAGAAGACGGUAUAGGCAGCGACACCGAAGGCGUGCAAAGCUAUGUCGAUGGAGGAGUCAAGGGACAUUCCCAAGUGCAGCAGGAAAAAGCAGUCCAAGUGGAGAGAAAAAAGGGUCCGUUGCCGUUGAGUAGUGAUCUCCCCGGGCCCGAACAUAAAUUUGCUGAUGCAUGAUAUUUCACAGAAUGAUUUGAUGUGGCUGAAUCCUGAUUGCAAUUGAUCGAUGCAAAGCGAGAGUUGUUGGUAUGAAAUCACGACAGCAUUGUUUCUUUUUUUUUUUUUCUUUAGACCACGAUACCUCUUCUUUUCUUAUGGAAGCAUUUUCCUUGUUCUUUUUUUCUUCUUGUGGAUCAAGCUUCGGUCUCUUUCGCUACUCCUAAUGUGUCUCAUGAUUUUUCCUUUCUGAUCUUUCCGUUUGUAAUCAUUCUCAUGCUGAGAUGUUAUCGUGGUAAUUCUCUUUGCAUCCUACAACUCUGCAGACAGCAAAUUUUCAACGUCACUCUCGAUGAAGCAGCUGAAAACUCGCUCUGGCAUCUUCUCCUAACAUCUGCUAACACAACUCAAAAAGCAAACGCAG